CAUUCUCACUAAUGAUCUCAACAACGUCCAGCACGGCCGAGAUGGUGACACAAGGCAAGUUUCAGGUCAACGCUGUGGAUACCGUCGAAGAUAAAAACUCAGGCAGACUGGGAUGUUUCGGGUGGAUACUCGUCCUCAUAUCCCUCCUCUUCAUAGCAGUUACCUUCCCGCUCACAUUAUUUAUGUGUGUCAAGAUAGUGAAGGAGUACGAGCGAGCUGUCAUUUUUAGGCUGGGCCGGAUCACAGACAGGAAACCUAAAGGACCAGGACUUUUUUUUGUUCUGCCCUGCACGGAUAACUUUGUGAAAGUCGACCUGAGAACUGUGUCCUUUGACAUCCCUCCACAAGAGAUUCUAACCAAAGACUCAGUGACGGUGUCUGUGGAUGGCGUGGUGUAUUUUCGCAUACAGUGCCCCAUCUCGUCUGUGGCCAAUGUGUCCAACGCUCACUCAUCUACACGACUGCUGGCUCAGACCACUCUGAGGAACGUUCUCGGUACUAAAAACCUGGCAGAGCUGCUGUCAGACAGAGAGGGAAUAUCUCUCAGUAUGCAAGAAUCCCUGGAUGAAGCCACUGAUCCGUGGGGUAUUAAGGUGGAGCGAGUGGAGAUCAAGGACGUGAAGCUGCCGCAGCAGCUGCAGAGAGCCAUGGCAGCAGAGGCAGAGGCCAGUCGGGAGGCCAGAGCAAAGAUCAUUGCUGCGGAGGGAGAGAUGAAGGCCUCCAGGGCUCUGAAAGAAGCCUCUCUGGUGAUCGCUGAGUCACCCUCUGCUCUCCAGCUGCGUUACCUGCAGAGCCUCAACUCCAUCGCAGCCGAGAAGAACUCCACCAUCAUCUUCCCUCUGCCCAUAGACUUGUUGCAGGGAUUUAUGCAGAGGAAGUGA